ACUACAUGGUAGCCCCUUCCAUUUUAAAAAGCAUAUGAAGAUUGACUCAGUACUUUAGUCUGCGAUGACGUUGCAAGCUACGAGUUACCUUUAACUCGUAGAUAGUUUCGCUGGUGGCAAACCGCACCGUCCGGAAAAGCGGGCGGGCUAGGCCAGGCACCAGCUCGCUAAAUAUGUCUCGGGUCCGACGCAUACUCAGAGUCCUCAAAACACCGAGCAUUCCAUUACGCGGACGACAAUGAAAAUACAGCGACCCGAGAUCAUGAAAGUAUAUAAACAACCCAGAACAAUGUUGAAGCAAACGCAUUCCCAUCAACAACAUCAAUUCACCUCAACUCAUCAUCCGUCUUGACAAUUCCAAAUUCACCACCAUACAAACCACAACCACGACCACAACCCCAUCCAUCCCAACCAAUCAAACCCCACCAAACCCUCUCUACCAUUUCCAAAACAAGAAGACCCCCAUCAUGUCCAGCACCACCCCCAAAAUCGCCAUCAUAGGCGCAGGCCCAACCUCCCUGACCCUCUCCUCCCUCCUCUCCACCUCCUCCAUCCCCUACACAACCUACGAAGCGACACCCUCCCCGCGCCACUCCGGCGGCUCGCUGGACAUCCAUACCGCGACCGGGCAGGCUGCGCUCAAAGCCGCGGGGCUCCUGCCCGAGUUCCGCAAGAGAGCGCGGCCCGAGAGCGAUUGCGACAAGAUUGUCGUGUUGGGCACGGGGGAGGUCGUGUGGGAUGAGAAUGGAGAUGAGAGCGUGAAGGCCGCGGAGGAAGGGGUGAAGGUUGGGGAGGAUGGGACGAUUGAGGGGAGGCCGGAGAUUGAUAGGAGGGAUUUGAUGGAGAUUCUGAGGAGUGGGGUCGAGGAUGAGAGGAUUGUUUUUGGGAAGAAGCUUUUGAAGAUGGAGGAGGGAAGUGGUGGAGAGAAGUAUGACUUGCACUUUGCGGAUGGGAGUGUGGAAAGAGGAUUCGAUGUCGUUAUUGGGGGUGAUGGCGCUUGGUCGAGAGUCAGACCCCUUUUGUCGGAUGUCAAGCCGCGAUAUUCCGGAAUCUCGGCUGCUGAACUCUGGGUCGAUGAUGUUGAGACGAAAGAGAAGGAGUGGCUGAGAGAAUAUGUCGGGGUGGGAUCUUGCUUUGCUUUUGGAGAGGGUCGUGCCGUGAUCUCCCAAAGACAAAGCGAGGGGGGCUUGCGAACGUAUGCGGCAAUCAGGGUUCCUGAGGAUUUCAUCGAGACUUGUGGGAUCGAUUGGAACGACAAGGAGACUGCGAGACAUCAACUCGUCGACAAAUACUUCUCUGACAUUGGAGAGGACUUGAAGAGGGUGCUCUACGCCUCCGGCGAUGAGCUGAUUCCCCGGGCGCUGUUUGAACUGCCGGUCGACUUCAAGUGGGAGCAUCGCAAAGGGGUAACUUUACUCGGAGAUGCUGCGCAUUUGAUGACGCCGUUCGCGGGUAUUGGGGUCAAUGUGGGGAUGACGGACGCCUUGGUGCUCUGGCAAGAGCUCGUAAAAGCGUCCAGAGGGGAGAAGAGUUACGACGAAGCGCUGAGGUCGUAUGAGGAGGAACUGUUCCCACGUGCCAGGAAGGCAAUGGAGAAGACAGCAAGGGGCAAGAAGAAUCAUUUCAGCGAGCACGGAUCGAAGGAGAGGGCUGAUAUGAUGAAGCAGCUCAAAGGACAGAGCAACUGACCGGCGACUUUUGUACUUUCACAUAUCAUUGUUCAUUGACGACGAGGGAUUGGGUUACAAUCAUUUCAAUUACUGUAGUAUCAAACAAAUAGAUAUAGAGCGCCAUAAAACCAUUUUCUUCCGCAACAGAAC